UUUUACCGGCGCAAUCCGGUCGUUCUGCCAGUGUUCCGGCGGUUGUCGAUGUAGUCACGGCGGGAUCAUACUUGCUCGGGCACUGGACCGAAAGAUCAAGUCCGCUUAUCGGAUCGCCGCCCCUGAUUGGCUGAUCCGCCUGCUAGCGUGUGAUUCUCAACCACCGCCCGCUGCGCUUUCUGUCUCUAUACAAAUAUCUCCUGCUCCAGGCUUUCUCCUUCUCCUCCUCUCCAUCUAUUCUCAGCGUCUAUCCACAAAACACUCUACCCUCUUCAAACUAUCUCCACACUUAAUAAAACAACUCCUCAAACCACAUUUCACCAUGACUGGCCGCGGCAAGGGUGGUAAGGGUCUCGGAAAGGGUGGCGCCAAGCGUCACCGCAAGAUCUUGCGUGACAACAUUCAGGGUAUCACCAAGCCCGCUAUUCGUCGUCUUGCACGCCGUGGUGGUGUCAAGCGUAUCUCCGCCAUGAUCUACGAGGAGACCCGUGGUGUUCUCAAGACCUUCCUCGAGGGUGUUAUCCGUGAUGCCGUCACCUACACUGAGCACGCUAAGCGGAAGACCGUUACUUCUCUCGAUGUUGUCUAUGCUCUUAAGCGUCAAGGACGUAAGUGGUUCCUGUUUGAUCUGACGUCUUAUUCGACGCGUCUAACUCGGUUUCUAGGCACUCUCUACGGUUUCGGUGGUUAAACGACUUGCUUUUUGUUUCCUUUUCGCAUAGCCAUCCUGCGCGGUCGGCGCGUCUGUUGCCUUCCGCAGCAAGGACGCGGCGGUUUGCUUUUCUCGGGUUGGUUUACGGUAUUCUCAAGGGUCGUUGGGGUGUUCUGAAUCUUUCAUCAUGGGUCUCCGGGUUUCCUUUUUUUUCUACUAGUUUCUUACUGUUACGUGUCCACUACUGGGUCUAUUAGUGCUCGCGUCUGAUGUUUGUAUCAUAGCGGCCGUUUAUGAAUCUUACGGGCCGAAUUGAAGAACCUGACCUUGAAUACAAGGUGCAACCAAAUAGGGCAUACGAAUGAGCCCAUAUCUUAAUUGUCUGGUGUUUUCGUUUCUUUUCUCGUAGACUUGGUAUGUGCGUGUGACGCGUGUUGAGUGUCUAUUGAA